AUGGUAAAAUUCUGUUAAACAUGUAAUGAAAAAAGAGCUUUUAUAGUUCGACCAAAAACAGGAAAAUUAAUAUGUUAAGAGUGUUUUUUUUAAGCAUUUGAAGAAGAAAUACACUAUACAAUAAUAUCAAACAAUUUAUUUUAAAAAGGUCAAAGAAUAGCUAUGGGAGCUUCAGGAGGAAAGGAUAGUACAGUAUUAAUACAUGUAAUGAAUUUGUUAAAUAAAAAAUAUAAUUACGGACUUGAUUUGUAAUUAUUAAGUAUUGAUGAAGGAAUAACGGGUUAUAGAGAUGAUUCAUUAGAAACAGUAAAAGACAAUUAACACACAUAUGGUUUACCUUUGAAAAUAUUAAGCUAUAAAGAAUUAUAUGGGUGGACAAUGGAUGAAAUAGUAAAACAAAUAGGACUAAAUAAUAAUUGCACAUUUUGUGGUGUUUUUAGACGCUAAUCAUUAGAUAGAGGUGCGUAACUAUUAAAAUGUGAUAAAAUUUUAACUGGACAUAAUGCAGAUGAUAUAGCAGAAACUAUACUUAUGAAUAUGGCUAGAGGAGACUUUUUUAGAUUAGGAAGAUGUGUAUAAAUUUCAACUGGAUAAGAAGUAGAUGAUGACCAUAUCCCUAGAUUAAAACCUUUUAAAUAUACUUAUGAAAAAGAAAUUGUUUUAUAUGCUUAUCAUAAAAAGUUAGUUUAUUUUUCAACUGAAUGUAUAUAUUCACCUAAUGCUUAUAGAGGUCAUGUAAGAGAGCUUAUUAAAAAUCUAGAAAAAGUUAGACCUAGUAGUAUUAUAGAUAUUAUUCAUUCUGCGGAAUAAAUCACUAUUAAUAUAAAUGCCAAAAUGCCUAAAAAAAUGAAAUGUAUUUAAUGCGGAUUUGUAUCUUCCAAUGACAUUUGCAAAGCUUGUAUUCUAUUAGAAAGGCUAAAUAAAGGAAAAGCGAAAAUUGAAAUUAAAGCUGAAUGA